AUGUUAGGACCAUCGACCAAUAAGGAAUCACAAGAGAAGAUUAUUGAUUAUGAAAAAAUUAAUCUUAGUGAAUACAACUAUGUUAUAAAUAAUUCUGACCAUUCAGAUGAAGAAGAGGAUGAUGAUGAUCAUCAUUAUAUAUCUGACAAUAAUUAUAAAAAUGAUAUAAAAACAGAUUAUAACAGCCUAAAUAAUAAUGGAAAAUAUAAAUCUUAUAUGAAUCCAAAAGGAUUUUUUCCAGAUAGCAAUGGAAAGGAUAAUACUACUGAUCAUAUAAAUAAAAAAACAGGAAAUGCACAAACUGUAAAUGAAUCAGUAAAAGGAUGUGAAGAGAAGCGAAUGAGCGAUGUUAAAGACAUUGAUAACACCUUGAACAGUGAGUCUACCACAUCUACCCAUAAUAAUAAAAACAAUUUAAUCAAUAAUAAUAUUGUAAAGGAUGAAAAAGGGAGGAAUUCCCAAGAGGAUAAUGAACGCCAACAACCUGAUUUUGGAUCCUAUAUUUAUGUUAGAAUAAAAACAAACAGCUCUAAUAAUAAUGUUUAUAAAUGUAAAAUCGAAAAAAAUAUAAGUAUAAAAAAAUUAAAAAAUAGUUUAAAAGAAAUAAUAAAUGAUAAUAAUGAUUAUAGAAUUAUAUAUAGAGGAAGAUUGUUAAAAGAUAUGGAAAUAUUAUCAAAAUAUAAUAUAAUGUUUAAUGAUGUAUUAUAUGCAAUAAAAUUAAAUAAAAAAAGGAAUGAAAAUGAUGUUGCAUUGGAUUCUGGUAUAACAAGUUCACAAUUAAGUACUAUAGGAGAUGAAUAUAAUGAUUUAGGAAAAAUGGGGCAAAAUGAUAAUAUAUCAAAAUUAAUUUCAUCGAUGUUUGAUAAUAGUGAUUUCCUUAAAUCAAUAAUGAACUCAAAUAAACAACUUCAAAAAUUAAGAGAAAAAAAUUCGGAACUAAAUCACAUGUUAAAUGAUUCACAAACUUUAAAGCAGUCUUUUGAAAUGAUUAAAAAUCCAUCGCUUAUGAAAGAACUUAUGAGAAAUACUGAUCGGGCUAUUAGUAACAUUGAAGCUAUACCAGGUGGUUUUAAUACAUUAAGAAGAAUGUAUCAUAAUAUACAAGAACCAAUGUAUGCAUCUGUAGAAAUUUCUAACGAAAAAAAUCAAAAUACAAUUAAAGAAUAUGAUUUAAAUUCGUCUUCGCCUCCUACUACAGAAGCUUUUCCAAAUCCAUGGGCUUCUAAAGAAAAUAAUUCACAAAAAAAUAUAAACAUGGAAAAUAGAUUAAAUAAAUACUUACUUUCAGAUAGUAAUAUGUUUAAUGAUAAUGGUGAAAUUAUUCCAAUUAAUAAAAUGGGAACAAAAUAUAAAGGAACCAAGGGUAAGUUAAUUCCAAUUAAUAAUACUAAUGAGAAUAAUGGAAUUGAAAAUGGAAAAACUCCAAGCAAUGAUCUUUUUAGAAGUAAUCUUUUUGAUAUGUUAUUAAAAUAUAAAACCCCUGUAAAUGUAAUUGGAAAUAAUUCAAAUAAUACUGCCACCAAAAGUUCAUUGGUAGCAAACAAUAAUAUAGCUAGCAAUAAUAAUAAAACAAAUAAUGAAGCUAAUAAAAGUUUCGAAAAUAGUGCUAUGAACAUUUUUGGGAAUAAUGGAAAUUUGUUUGAUCCAAAUUCUAUGAAUAGUAUAUUGGGAAAUGAUUCUCCGAUAAAUAACGACCUUUUAAAUACUAACUUAUUUAACAGUUUGAUGGGUCAAAACCAGAAUAAUGAAAAUUCAAAUGUAUUAAACAUGCUUAACCAAAUGAUGUCAAAUUUAAACAAAAAUAUGAACAUGAAUAAUAAUGGAAAUAAUGCUAAUUUAGGAAAUGAAAUGUUAAAUAGUUUGAAUAUAUUAAAUUUCCAAAAUAAUAGAUUGAAUUCAUUAUUUAAUCAUGGUGUAAAUAUGUCGAAUAAGCAUGUUAAUAAUAAUGGCAAUAAUAUUUCCAACGCACUAAUAAAUAAUAUUAAUAUAAAUGAAGAAAAGAAAGAAGGAGCAUCAUCUGAUGAUAUGCAAAAUAAUGCAGAACAACAUAAUAGUGAUACAAACCCUGAACUGGAUUCGAAACAGCAGAAAGAUGACAACACUGAUUUAAAUAAUGGAGAAAAAGAUAAAGCUCUCACUUCCAAUAAUUUGAAUAAACAUGAUGAACAAGAGCGUCUUAUUGCUUUAUAUCAGGAUCAAUUAACUUCUUUAGAAUUAAUGGGAUUUACAGACAUAGACAAAUGUAUAAAAUCCCUAGUUCAAGCAAAUGGAAAUAUAGAAAGGGCCAUCGAUUUACUCUUAAGCGAUAUAAAUGCAAAUAGAAACUAA